AUGAGCCCUCUCUAUACUGCCGCUAGCACGCCAUCGGCCAUUCCUGGACAUCCUCCUCCUUCACCUCUAGCCGUUGCAUCGCCGUCAGUCAGUCAGCCGGCUCCACUUCCCUCACCUCGUGCUAUUCAACCUCGAAAGACAAGCUUAGAUGCUGUUGUAGGAAAAUUGAAGACACCUACAGUUCCACAAUCAACACCUCCGGCGAAGCGAAGUGUGUUUAGGUAAGC